AAUAACACAAAAGUCCAAAGCUUUAUCAAAUUUUCCAAUCGUGUGCUUCUCCAGAAAUAUCUGACCUUUUCUCGUCGACAUUUUAAUCUUCGCAAAUUUCUGAUUGAUCGAAGCAGAGAUCGGGAUUUUUUGCGGUGGAGAGAUAAGCUCACAAUGGACGAGGUGAUGAAAGUGGCGGACGCGGGAUCGUUAGGAGGCGGAAAUAGGGCCUUGUAUGGAUCUCCUCCGUCGCAGUAUAAUCUGCUUCCUCACAAUCUUCCGAUCUUCUCCGCUUUUCUAGCAUUCGGUCUUGCUCAGUUCCUCAAAGUUUUCACUAAUUGGUACAAAGAGAAGAGAUGGGACUCUAAGCGGAUGAUUAGCUCCGGUGGUAUGCCAUCGUCGCACUCAGCUACCGUCACUGCCUUAGCUGUUGCCAUAGGCCUAGAAGAAGGAGCAGGAUCACCUGCUUUCGCUAUCGCUGUUGUUUUGGCAUGCGUUGUAAUGUAUGAUGCCUCUGGGGUCAGGCUUCAUGCUGGUCGUCAAGCUGAGCUGCUUAAUCAAAUUGUUUGUGAGUUUCCUCCGGAGCAUCCGUUAUCCACAGUCAGACCCUUACGUGAACUGCUUGGCCACACUCCUAUUCAGGUUGCGGCCGGCGGCAUUUUAGGAUGCUUGGUAGCGUAUUUGAUGAGGAGCACAAGCUAGUGUCUACCCAACAACGGAUCCAAAAUUCUUUUGAAAUCAAGAAAACUGUAGAUUCAUCAGCGAUCAAGCUGAGGGAAGAUUAUUAUUGGAGUAAAUGGAAAUUGGAAAUUGUUAAAUCUGUGUAAUAUAUAGAUCAUAGUUAGCCUUGUCUUUAAGUGCACUGACUUGUCAUUGUUUAAGCUAUUCCUUCUCAACACUCUUAUCUAUAAUAUGUAUUUUCUCUUCCCUAA